CAAUGUUUGUCGUCGAACUCCAGCAAAUAUGAGGAUGAGAAGAUAAUGGCCCCAACAGGAUGACUGCAUCUCCGCACUUAUCAGUUUGCCUCCUCUUGUGAUGCAUUUUGACCAAACCAAACCCGGAGAGGAGAAUCUGGACAGCAAAAGAACAAAGGAUCGCUUGUGGAUUCUUUGUUUAAAUUUUAAUUUUCAAUUUUUUGGGGACACGUCCUAGCCACGUCUUUCUGAUUUAUUGAAGGGAUGGUGGUGAUUGAGUGCAUGUCAAGGGAGGAUGCACGUUGAGUCACAUCUUCUUGAAUCCGUUGGAUCCAAACGUGUCCAUGGAGGAAUUGCUGGAGACGCGCACGGACGCACCGUAUAGCUCGUGACAGAUUGAGUAUACUUUUAUGGAAAUUGCUUGUAAAUUUCGGCUCAGCUGAAACACACACGGGCAGCAAUAAUACCACAGCACACACACACACACACACACACACACACAGAGAGAGAGGGAGGGAGGCAGAGAGAGAGAGAGAGAGAGAGAGAGAGAGAGAAGCCAGCGCCGGCGAUCUGUGCGUCUCUGCAAUAAGUGGCUGAUGAAAAAAGCAAUAAAUUCUAUAGGAUAAAUCCAGUCGUGUGGUUGUGUGCAAUGGGCGACGAGGCGUCAAACUUCAGGAGGAGCAGCAGGAGCGGCGUCUCGUCCCCAGAACCCCGGACUGGUGAGGACCAGGGAAGACGAGCGGAGAUUCUGGGCUGAAUGAACACAAAACAAACAAAAAAACUGAUCGCCCGCCACUGAACACGAUGAGAUUACUGCUCCUCGGAUGACUUGUCAGAUUACCACUGUGACAGUUGUUUUUUUUUUUUAUGUUAUUCAGAAAACAAGAUUCAGAUCCGGGCUGUGCUGGACUUGGCCACUUUGAUUUGUUCUCUCAUGAGAUCAGGCGCUAGAGACAGAGAGAGAGGGACGUCUGUUCGACUACAGCCAUAUUAUCUAAUCAAUAAGUUCAAAAAAGGGAAUCUUUUUGCUCUUUUUCCUUUUUGUGUGUACGUUUUUAUCGUGGCACUAUGAUGGAGCCACCGCCGUGCUCCAAGAAGAGCCUGUCCCUGUCGCUCCCGGUUCCCCGGGAAGGACAGGCGACCCUGAAGCCUCCGCAGCAUCUCUGGAGACAGCCGCGCACCCCCAUCAAAAUCAAGCACCGGGGCUACUCCGACACCGACCGGCACCACCACCGGCACAUGGAGCGCUCCGACGCCGUGGAUACGAGCGACCGACCGGGGCUGAAAAAGUCUCGGAUGUCCUGGCCAUCCUCUUUCCACGGGACCACGAACACGUCCAUCGGAAAUUGCGUCGGGAAUAAACGCUUCGAUUCGGAGAAUGGUCCCUCGCCGGGCCGCAGUCCCAUGGACUCGCAGGCGAGUCCCGGGUUGGUGCUGCACCCUUCUUUCCCCCAGAGUCAGCGCAGGGAGUCCUUCCUGUACCGCUCCGACUCGGACUACGACACGUCCCCCAAGACCAUGUCACGCAACUCCUCCGUCAACAGUGAGGGGCACGCCGAAGACAUGAUCGUCACCCCUUUCGCUCAGGUGUUGGCCAGCCUACGAACUGUAAGAAGCAACUUCACCAUCCUCGCCAAUGUCACAACACCCACUAACAAGAGGUCGCCAGUGACAAGCCAACCCACUGUUCCCCAAGCUACACUCUCCGAGGAGACAUACCAGCAGAUGGCUCGGGAGACUCUGGAGGAGCUGGACUGGUGUCUGGACCAGCUGGAGACCAUUCAGACCCACCGCUCCGUCAGCGAGAUGGCCUCCAACAAGUUCAAGAGGAUGUUGAACAGGGAGCUGUCCCACUUGUCAGAGAUGAGUCGCUCAGGGAACCAGGUGUCAGAAUACAUCUCCACUACCUUUCUAGAUAAGCAGAACGAUGUGGAGAUCCCAUCUCCGACCUUGAGGGAGAGGGAGAAGCCCAUGUGUCACAUCAGCGGUGUAAAGAAGCUCACGCACAGUUCCAGCCUUUCCAACUCCACCAUGCCUCGCUUCGGCGUGAAAACAGAACACGAGGAUGCAUUAGCCAGGGAGCUGAACGACUUGAACAAGUGGGGCCUUAAUAUCUUUCAUGUGGCAGAAUUCUCUAACAACCGGCCCCUCAGCUGCAUGAUGUUUGCCAUCUUCCAGGAAAGAGAUCUGCUGAAGACCUUUCGGAUCCCCGUGGACACAUUUGUCACCUAUGUAAUGACCCUGGAGGACCACUACCAUGCCAACGUGGCCUACCACAACAGCCUCCAUGCUGCAGAUGUCACUCAGUCCACUCAUGUACUGCUAUCCACACCGGCUCUAGAUGCUGUGUUCACUGAUCUAGAGAUUUUAGCUGCGUUAUUUGCCGCUGCCAUCCACGAUGUGGACCAUCCAGGGGUGUCCAACCAAUUCCUCAUAAACACCAACUCAGAGUUAGCCCUCAUGUAUAAUGAUGAGUCUGUGUUGGAGAACCAUCACCUCGCUGUGGGCUUCAAGCUGCUUCACGAGGACAACUGUGACAUCUUCCAGAACCUAAGCAAGCGGCAGAGACAGAGCCUGAGGAAACUUGUCAUCGAUAUGGUUUUGGCAACAGAUAUGUCAAAACACAUGAGUUUGCUGGCCGAUCUCAAGACGAUGGUGGAAACCAAGAAGGUGACAAGUUCUGGAGUACUGCUGCUCGACCACUACACUGAUCGGAUACAGGUGUUGAGGAACAUGGUGCACUGCGCUGACCUGAGCAAUCCUACGAAACCCCUGGCUGUGUAUCGACAAUGGACGGAGAGAAUCAUGCAGGAGUUCUUCAGGCAGGGGGAUAAGGAACGGGAGCGAGGGAUGGAGAUCAGUCCCAUGUGCGACAAACACACUGCAUCUGUGGAAAAGAGCCAGGUGGGCUUCAUUGACUACAUUGUCCACCCACUGUGGGAGACAUGGGGGGACCUGGUGCACCCUGACGCCCAGGACAUCUUGGACACUCUGGAGGACAACAGGGACUGGUACCAGAGCACUAUCCCACAAAGCCCCUCUCCGCCUCCUGUGGACCAGGACAAGGAGCUAAAUGCCUGCAUAGACAAGUUUCAGUUCGAGCUCACCCUCGAAGACAGCUCUGAGAGAGAUCAGGGAGAUGAGGGUGACCUGCCCACAGAGAACCACGUGGAACUGGACUGCAGUCAGGGGGAGGAGGAGGAGGAUGGUAAAAAGGACGAGGAGGAAGAUAUCAUGGCAGAGGAGGAAAAUGAGGACAUAAUAGAGGAAGAGGAAGAUGAGGUGGCGAUGGAUGAGGAAGAGGUGGAGGAGGAGCAGGAGGAGGAGCUGAAAGCUCAGCUGGAGGUGAGAUCUGAAAAGGAGAGACUUUCUGACACAAGUCCUGUAGAGGAAGAGGAGGAUUCUUCUUCACAAGCUGAGGAUACAUGAGUCCGGCUCCCGUAUCUCCCUCCUCACUUGCACACAUUAUCUUGUUCAACCUUUCAACGGCCAAACCAAGAACAAAUAAGACUGCAAUGACAAUACAGACCUUUAAAUAUAUUUUUCAAAAAGGAAAUAAAUGAAAAAAUCGCUUAAAGUGAAGUUAAUUACACAGCAACUGUAGAUUUGGAGUGGCGACGAGUCCUUCGACUGAUUUCACGAUGAACUUUAGAACUUUUGAGGGGAAUUUGAGAGGAGCAUCAAUGACGGGGCGACCGAAGACAGCGUAGCACUCUGGGACUGGAAUGCACACACAUAAACACACAUGGAGUGACACACAUGAGCACACGAGACACGAGAGCAGGAGUGAGUCAUGUGGAACACACGGCAAUGCAAAGUGUGUACGUGCAUGCAUUAGUCAUGCAGAACAGUAUGAGUGCAGUACAUAUGUACCCUACACCCACACACACACACACACACACACACACACAACAGUUUGUUUGUAUGUGUGCAUUUACAUGAGGGACACUGAUCAGUAUAAUGAAUCUCUUUGGAAAAAGCCAUCUCUUAACGAAGUAUUAACUAGUGUUCAGUCAGUAUUAGUAAUUCAUGUUCGUCAGAACUUCAACAGAAACUGUUCUCCUCAGAAAAGCUACAGUCCGAGUGACUUUUUUUUUUUCCAUUUCUGUCGGAAAGAAAAAUAAGAAAAUCCACAGAGUUGGAGGAGGAGGAAAAUCGAAGGAGAGGAAGAUGCUGCGAUUGAAGGGGCCCGCCGGGUCCCGUACCCCUUUUCCCUUUACAAGGAGAGUGCUACUGGUGCAAGAUGGCUCUGUGCCUUUCUGAAACACCAGCUUCCUGAAUGGAGCUGUCGUGAAGCAAUGCAUUGUGGGACAGGAGUGUCUGAUUUUGUUCAUCAUUUUUGAUUGUCUCUUGUUCAAGAUCUCUCUUUAUUGUUCAUGGUAUUGAGGCGUGUAUCUCACACGUACAGUUUCUGUGGUGAUAUGUUUUGAGCUGUAAGUCUUCCUUUGUUGCUCUUCUGGUAAUAUAAUAAUUCAGAACUCUAGAUGCAGAGCAAUCACUACCACCACCACCACCACAACCACCAGUGGGCUCUUUCCACCUUAUGGUUCUUUCUUUUUAGAAUUUUUUUUUUUUUACUUUCUAAGAAUAAGCCAUGAGAUGCUUUGAAGCAUAAGUUUUGCCUAUUUUCUAUUUAACAGUUGCUAAAUAUGUUGACGGGAUACAGAAUUAUUUCAUCAGCAGAACUCAUUUUCAAUCGGCAUCUCAUACCCACUUGCACUUUGUGUGUUUAUGUCUCCUCAUACUCAAAAAUACUCGCCAAAGUAAGGGAUGAGAAAGUUCAGUGGGGCAAAGUGAUUUUAAGGAAGAAUAGAAAAAAAUCAGGGAGGCAGAAUGUCAGGGAAGGAGGCGUGACACGACCAGGAGGUCUUACAGUCCCUAAAUCAUCCUUAUUAAGUUUAAUGCUUUUUGGCCUUAAUGUCAGAUGCAGGAAACAUAACUGCUAGUAUGUAGAUUAAUGAGAUAUAUAAGAUAUCCCAGUAUAUUUAUACCACGUCUGUAUGCUUAUUUCUGGGAGUAUCAGUGCGUCUAACUAUACACAAUGUAUCCAGCAUUGCAUUCGGAGCAGAAAGGGAAACAUUGCUGCCAAUUAGUCGUUAUGAUGUUUCUGGACCAACACAAAGAAUGUGUUGGAGUUUUUUUUAUGUGGAUGGUAAAAUGGCCAUUUCAUAGCUACCUGGGGGCAAGCAGAAAAAACAAUUAGCAGUUGGAGUUAAGGUUUGACAGGCGAUGAGAAUGAUGAGGAUGUCCUUUUGUUUGAAUUUGAUCUCAUUUGCAGUUCAUGCCUGUGUGAGUGUGCGUGUGUGUGUGUGUGUGUGUGUGUGUGUGUGUUUGUUUGUUUGCGUGGCGUAUCGUGUGGUCAUGAGUAAGGUACGAGUGAUAAAACAGAACGGCGGUGGCAGGAUGCUAAAGAUGUUGUCAUAUAUCUGUCAUGUAUGUUCACUCACUGGCAUCAGCACAUCUUGUUGAACUGUGUUUAGGGUUCGGAUCAGCACAGCUUAAAUUGGUCACAGUUUGUUUAGGUGUUUGUUUUUCACAGGGUAAAAAAGGAAUUAUAUAUAUAUAUAUAAUAAUAAAAUGACAUGAGUGCGGUUCUUCUGAAGGUAAGAUCAAGUUCCUGCAGGUCAGUAACUCAGCUUAUCUGAAGACACCAUAGCUCGGUGCAACAGAAGCCUGUGUGUUUGACCUGCUCUGUCGCAGGACGGAGCAGAGCUGCGGGGCCACCACACAGGCUUUCAACUGGUGGAAUGGGAAUCCAGGAUUAUUCUUGCAGUCACUUAAAUAAGCGAUUCCCAUAUGCAUCGGCCUUUUACUUUGACGACGUUGCUUUUGUUUUUGUGGCUUCUUGUUCUGUCAUAAGCUAUAAAAACGUUAAUAUUUAAUUGCCAUACAAACACGAUACUGUAGCAAUUGUUUCUUAUUAAGACAAUUAUUCAAUUGAUUGACUGCUGCCAUUCUUUUUAAAUGACGAAAAAGAAAACCAUGGGAAGUGUUUUCUUUGAACAGUUUGUGUACAGUUUAUUUUUAUAUCAUUCUGGUGGAUGGUCUGGGAAAUGAAUCAUGUGUUGAUGAUAUAGCUAUAAGCAUUACCACCCUUGUACAUAAUGUAAUAUUGGAUUGUAAAUUAUAAAUUUAUCCAAGUCAUAUUGAUUGACAAAUAACCACUUGAGGUUUGUCAAGUGAACCACUGAAGCACUGCAGGCCACCUCCUCACUUUUUCAUUCAAUAUAUUUUUGCUCACUUUUUUUUUUUUUAAUUGUGCACAUUUAUUGUUGAAAUCAUAUCUCUUUGUACCAGCACUUUAUUUCGUCAGGUUUGAAGCAGACAGUGUGUUUCAGGUAGUGAACAGUCUGUGCUUUGGCAGUCACAUGUCGAUUAUAUCCCAUGAAGGCCAAAUCACAAACCCCCAUUUUGUGCAGUAGUCAAUGUUAAACCCUUUCUAGAGGCAUAAUCAGACAAACUAGUCAUUCUCUCCUAAAUGUCCGUGUGAGAUGAAAUGAUUUGGUUGAUAAAAGUCAAAUGUAGGAUGAUGUAAAAUAAAUGUGUCCUUAUUUAACUUGGCCAUUUCUGGGACGACCAUCACCUCUGUUUCUUAGUAACUUUAAUUACAAGCCUGAGAGCCUCAAUGUCCGUCCCAUGGUGGCCUAACUAGCUGGUUCCCAUCGGGGUUGUCGUCAGCUUACUUUGUCGCAGACUGACCCCCUCUGAGAAUAAUUCUCUGGGCUUUAAUUCAUGUGUUUGUUCACAAAUAGAGAAUGAUUAUUCUAGGGAAAAAACUACAUGAAAUGAUUGUAAUAUUUGUAAAUGAUCUUGCUGUAAUGUGUAAAAUGUGUCCAAGUUAUUUUUUAUUAUAUUAUUUUUAUGAAAGUUUUUCCUCUUGACAGAGCCGAGGUGUCAUUUUGUGAAUAAAUGCAUUUAAUAAGCAAACAUCUAUAUAUAAAACAAUAUUAUAGUAUAUCAGUAUAUUUUUCUUUUAUUUCACCGUUCAGUACUGUAAAGUGUGUUAAAAAUACAAAUAAAGUAAGAUUUUUAUAUCAAAUGCAA